AUGACACGCUCUGUGUCCGCGAGUGUCCCCAUUGGCGAUGACGACACUUCCCUAUCGCGGUGGACUCGGUUCAGCGAUCGUCUGAAAGGAAUAUUCAGCGGCGCGGACCCCCAAGUCUGCGUCGCUUUCUGGCUGUUCGGCCUGAUCAACAAUGUCCUCUACGUUAUUCUCCUGUCCGCGGCCCUUGACCUUGUCGGGCCCGAUGUUCCCAAGGGCGUCGUUCUCCUUGCAGACAUCAUCCCGUCAUUCGGGACCAAGCUCAUCGCUCCCCAUUUUAUCCAUGUGGUUCCUUAUCCGGUGCGGGUCAUCGCGUUUGUGUUCCUGUCGAUUCUUGGCAUGUUCGUCGUGGCUAUGAGCCCGCCCUAUACCGAUGGAGGAACUAUUGCGUCUAAGAUUGCGGGAAUCGUCCUCGCGAGCUUCUCUGCUGGAGCUGGCGAGUUGAGCUUCGUCGGUCUGACGCAUUUCUAUGGACCCUUCAGCUUAGCGGCGUGGGGUAGCGGGACGGGCGCUGCUGGCUUGGUUGGGGCUGGUGCUUAUUCUUUGGCUACAUCUGCAUUGGGAAUCUCUGUCAAGGUCACUCUUUUGGUGUCGGCUCUGUUGCCCUUUGUUAUGGCCGCGAGCUUCUUCCUUGUUCUGCCACGAGAUGCGCUGAAUCCGGCUAGCCCUGCGACGGGAGAAUACUAUCCUGUUGAGCGAGAGGAGCAUUUGAAUGAUGAAGAGGGAGACGAGGAUAGUCAUAACCUGCAAACAGAAGAUGAAGGGGAGAGACUAUUGGGUGUUUUCAAUCCCACUGCUGAGUCCCAUAAAGCCGUGCAUGUCAGCGAAUCGGCAGCCAGAUGGGCACACUUCCGUACUAACCUCCACCGUCUUCGGAAGCUUUUUUUUCCUUACAUGCUUCCACUGCUUAUGGUAUUCAUUGCCGAAUACGUUAUCAACCAGGGCGUGGCCCCCACUCUUCUUUUCCCUUUACCUUCCACGCCGUUCGAGAAUUUCCGCGCUUUCUAUCCAGCGUACAACGCAAUCUACCAAGCCGGAGUCUUCGUCUCACGCUCCUCAACCCCGUUCUUUCGUAUCCACAACCUCUACUUACCUUCCGUCUUGCAAGUAUUGAACUUGUCGCUUCUAACAUGCCAUUCUCUAUUCAACUUCAUUCCCAACAUUUGGCUUGUCUUCCUAAUCAUUUUCUGGGAAGGUCUGCUGGGCGGCCUGGUAUAUGUCAACACAUUUGCGGAAAUUAGCGAUCGUGUACCCGAAGAAGACCGCGAAUUCUCGCUUGGAGCCACGACUGUUAGCGACUCGGCUGGUAUUUGUAUUGCUGGGUUCUUGAGUAUGCCAUGGGAGGUUCUGUUGUGCAGGUUUCAGCAGAACCAUGGGCGAGAUUACUGCCGGCAGUUCUGA